CAACAUGGCUACUACGUCCGAUCUGCCAAAAUGAAACGUCAAACGAGUAAACGAUUCAUUUUUGACAUUUGACAUAAAUAUUUUGAUAGCCGCUGAAAACAACAAAAUCGAUAUUUUCAAGAUGAAUGCAUAUGAUAGGGGAGGCUCAGGAAUGCCCGGAAUGUCAGGAAAUUCCUUUGAUCGAUGGGUUCAGCGGUCCAAUAUGGACGAUUCAGCUAUAACUAAGAUGCAACACCAAUACUGGGUGACAAAACAAACACUCUCUCGAAAACUCGGGAAAAAGGAGGAUGAAUGUAUAGUUUCGUCAGACGCAGAAUUGGAUGCCAAACUCGCAUUGUUUCGUAGUAUUCAAGAAUCCUGUGCAUUUUUACAAAGAGUCAUAGAUAAAUAUCAAGAGCGAUUAUGCAAUCUGGCCCAAGAAGAAAACUCGAUGGGUCGAUUUUUGAAAGAAGCUGGAAAACAAGAUAAAACAAGAGCAGGAAAAAUGAUGUCAGCAGUUGGGAAAUCACUUUCAUAUUCUGGACAGCAACGUCUUGCACUUCGUGCUCCUUUGGUUCGACUUUAUCAAGAGGUUGAAACAUUUCGACAAAGAGCAAUCGAAGAUACAUUGCAAAACGUCCAGGCUUUAGAAAAAGCGAGAACGGAAUAUCGUGCCGCACUCAAUUGGAUGAAAAAUAUUUCCCAGGAAUUGGACCCAGAUACCAGCAAGCAGUUAGAAAAGUUCAGAAAAGUUCAAACUCGUGUGAGGAGAGGGAAAACUUCUUUUGACAAUUUGACCCUUGAUUGCCUUCAAAAAGUAGACCUUCUAGCAGCAGCUCGUUGCAAUAUGUACAGUCACGCUUUGGUUUUAUACCAAAGUACCCUUCUGAAUUUCACUAAAAAGUCCACCCAAGCUUAUUCAACAAUAGCCAAUAGUUUCAAGGGAUACCAGCGAUACGAUUUCAUGGUUGUGCGAGAACUCGCAGAGACUUCUACACAAUUGGCAAAAGAAACUGGUGGAGACGAUGAUAUCGAUGAUAAAGACAAAUUAUUAUUCUUCGAAGACUACCAAGACAGCGCGGAAGAAGCCCAAGAAGCUAAAAUGGAUGAAGCAAAGUUCGAGAAAAACCACGACGAAAAGCUUCUGGACUUGGGAAAUGUUUCUCAAAACGUGCUUGAAUCAGAAAAACUUGAUUUGGACACUACUUUGAAAAACGGAAUCACCCAGGCCUCCGAAUCCCAGACAGACAAAGAGUUCGAGGACUUUUUCUCGAAUCUAGUCCCAGAAAAAAAAGAUUCCGCAAAAAGGGUGGAGAAAAGUAAGAAUGUUUCUGAGCUUGAAAAGAGUUUGGCUGAAUUAGAUUUGGCGAUGGAUUCCUUCAGUGGCCCUGCGGGUUUCGACUUUCCCUCAAGUCCGUGCUUGACUCCACAAACGCCUCUGAAUCAGAAUCAAAAUCCAAAUCAACCACAACCACCACUUGAACAAUUAACUUCUGAAAACAUUGCUCUUUUGAAUGAUAUCCUAAAUGGUGGGCCCAGUGCGAAUACUGAUUGGGAUUCCAUUGGAGAUGAUACAUUUUUACCACCAGGAAUUUUGAAACAGAGUUUGGGAGAUGCUUGCCUUCCUACUGAACAGAAGAAGACGCCAACGAGGAGUGAUACUAAGAAAAGUAAAAGUGGAAAACAGAAGGGCAAUUCCUGGUUGGACUUGUUUGCCGAAUUGGAUCCUCUUGCCAAUAAUUCACUGGAGAAUCAUCUCUCGAAGGCGAAUAACGCUCCAGCUUAGUUUAAGAAAAAAAUCUCUAUUAAUUCGAAAACGAUUGUUCGUAAUCAUGUUGUUUAAGCCAGAGAACAAGAUUAGGUACAAGGGAACAAAAUGCGACAAAUUCAAUCUAAAUCUAUCUCCUCAUUCUUGCCAAUUUUCGAUUUGUCGCGUUCAGCUUCCCAAGAGUGAAGGGUUUUUGAAUGUUUGAAUAAUCUUACGUCCAAGUACAGUUGCCAUUAAGUGCUUCUCGAAUAAUCAAACACUUCAUUCCUAUAUUUAUUUGGUAUUGCCAGAAACAUUCCAUGUUCAUGAUUCCAGAAGUACUUCCAAAGAAAAAAAACGUAAACCUUUAUCAAUUUCUUCAACUAGAAAAGAAUUUAUACCAAAGAUAAAUAUAAUAAAUACUUUAUACCAAAGAUUGUAGGUGUAAAACUGAUAAGAAUCACAACCUUCUUUUUGUUUUUUUUUCAUACUCCUGCAUUUAAAUAUCGACGAAAUUACUUUGUACAUUUCAAAUGAGUAUAAACGUUCCGCUGAAAUUUAAAAAUUACGGGAUAAUCGAAAUCAUGAUUUUAAGAAACUGUAUUACGCUUCGUGUCGUGUCUGUAAAAUUAACCACAAGGGGUUAAAAGCAAAAAUAAAAGAAGCGGUGCAACGAUA